GGUGAGGAGGUGCAGCAGGUGCAGCCAUGGACCCCACCAUUCUCCUGAAGAUCUAGAAGACUCCCCCGCAGCAAUGUCGCUAGCAAUGAAGGCCAGGCAGAAGGUGAAGAAGAAAACCAUCAAGGACAAAGUAUUUGGCUGCAAUUUAGUAGAACAUCUGCAACUGUCGGGACAGGAAGUUCCUCAGGUUCUCAGAAGUUGUACAGAGUUUGUGGAAGAACAUGGCAUAGUGGACGGCAUCUACAGGCUGUGUGGCAUCGCCUCCAAUGUACAGAAACUACGACAAGAGUUUGAUAUGGAGCGGACUCCUGACUUGAACAAGAGCACUUAUCUGCAAGAUGUCCACUGCGUCAGCUCCCUCUGCAAAGCCUACUUCCGAGAACUACCAAACCCACUACUGACUUACCAACUCUAUGACAAGUUUGCUGAGGCGGUGGCGAUACAGCUGGAAGAACAGCGACUGAUAAAGAUUAGAGAGGUGCUGCAGGAGCUUCCUCCCCAACACUUCAGGACUCUGGAAUACCUUAUGAGACACUUGGUGUUUAUGGCCUCAUUCAGCGGCCAAACAAACAUGCAUGUGAGGAAUCUGGCUAUUGUAUGGGCACCCAACUUACUCAGGUCCAAAGAUAUAGAAUCAUCUGGCUUUAAUGGCACUGCAGCGUUCAUGGAAGUCAGAGUCCAGUCCAUCGUCGUGGAAUUUAUCCUGACACACGUGGAGCAGUUGUUUGGAGUUGGAACUAUCCCAGGGAAAGAGAAUGAUGGCGGCACCUCUGCUACGAUGAACUGGCCAUCUUGUGUUCCAGAGGACUAUUACCGCUCAUUAUCUUACAAUCUACCCAGCAUGCUUAACCACGGAGAUGGUCCUCCACAGAUACGGCCUUACCACACAAUCAUAGAGUUUUCUGAGAACAAGCGGAAAGGCUCUGUAAAAGCCAAGAAAUGGAGAUCGAUUUUCAACCUUGGACGAUCCGGCCAUGACUCCAAGCGCAAGUCACAGAAACAGGAUGAGAAAGAUGGGAAGUCGGAUACAAUGAACCUGCGCCCAGCUAAAAGCAUGGAUUCCCUCAGCGCCGCUCCCUAUACUCCAGACGCUAGUGACUUACAGCAGAGUUACCUGAACAGACUGUCCCCCAAAAACCAGCUGCCCAUUCGGAGGGAAAGUUUUGGAGCUCAUCCCAAACAAGAGAAGACUGGCUACGGAUUUGUGGACUUCGGUGAGCAGUCCCUUCCAAUGGAGACAAAUGAGGCACAGUAUGAGGAGCAAGUACAGGCCAAGUCGGAACCAACCACCCCAAAAGUGGGAAGGUCUUCUGUUAUUGGAACCCCCCAGGGCCGAUCACCCAAAUCCAAUCAGAACCGAGCAGAAAAAUGUGUAGGAGUCCAUAUCUCUGGUCCGUUCUCUGUCACCCUUCCCUUCCACAUCACAUCCAACUUAUCCCGCCUAACCAGGGGGAUGGAAAUUCCCAGCUUAAACUAUCCGAGCUUCCACAGGAGUUCCGAGAAGCUGUUCUCACUAGAAGCAAGCCGAGAGAGUACAGAGAGCAGCAUACACCACGCAUGGUCCAGCCUGCCCAGUGACACAGAUCACCAUGGCACACUUGAAUCCAGUGUGAGAGAGGAAGGUGACCCGAUGGAGAAUAACCAAAUCUUAUGUGAGGUCCAAGACACGUUUUCUUUUCUGGACAGCCAGGAAGCGAGUCCGGAGGCCGCAGCUGCUGAUCACCCGGAGGAGGAGACCUUGGUCCACAGGACACCAGAGUAUUCUGUGGCUGGGGAAAUACUAGAGUAUGAAUUGCAGAGGGAAAUCCAGAUGGAGGAAUUCUCUGUGGAACCUCCACCGGACGACCCUUGUACUGAGGAUGAAACAGAACAGAUGUACUUCAUGGCAAUAGGAUGCCCAGAUGUUGAGCAGCAGUGGAGAGAAACGCAUGACAGCUUAGAGGACAUUUAUCUCAGUGCAUACGAUGACCUCAGCCCUUUGGUUAUUGAUUCAGAUGAGGUCAAAUUGGGUAAAGAUCACAAGAUCCAGCAAGAGAGUGAAGAUCUAUUGAAAUGUUCUCAGAACCAGAAAUAUUGUAUAUCAAAUGCAGAUCCACUGAAAGUAAGGCAUGACGAUGAGCCGCAGCCCUCUGACGCAUCAUAUAGGCAAACAGAUGUGUAUACAGUGUAUGGACCACCUAAUAACAUACCAGAAGCUGGGGUUCAUUACACUCUGCGCUGCAACCUUGGAGCUACCACAGAAAACGUGGAUUACAAAGAUGAAUCGUGUACCGUGAAACCUCAGACAGUUCCAGAUGAUGAAGUAAAUGCACAGAACCUCGGUGUCCGUGAAUCGCAGACCAUAGGAUCUCUUUACAGAAAGAUAGGCCAUCUAGAUGAUGAGGCUACAAUUAUAAAUGUAGGUUCCAGGGAAUUCGAAGGCGGUCACAUCUACAGUAAGGAUGACACUCCAGAAAACAUGGCUAUUGUGGAAAGUCCAUGUCUUGAAGAACCACAAGGUGGUGGUAGUUACUACAAGGAUGACAAUCUAGAGAAUGAGGCAACUGUGGAUAGUCCAAGUCCUGAAGAACCACAGGCUGGUGGUAGUUACUGCAAAGAUGACAAUGUAGAGGAGGCGGCUACCCUGGAAAGUCCAUGUCUUGAGGAACCACAGUCUGGUGGGAGUUACUACAAGUAUGACAAUCUAGAGAGUGAAGCUACUGGGCAAAGUCGAGGUCCUGAAGAACCACAGGCUGGUGGUAGUAACUGCAAGGAUGACAAUCUAGAGGAGGAGGCUACCAUGCAAAGUCCAUGUCAUGAAGAACCACACAGUAGUGUUCUUUGCAGCAGCAAGAAAAAUCUGGGGCUUCGGGCUGCUGUCAAAAACUUGGUUUCUAUAGAAAUUGGGGAUUAUGGAGAUUACAGUAGGGUUGACAAUUUUUUAGAGGCAGUUACAGCAGUAGGAUCUGGGACAUCAGAGGGUGUGAUGGCAUAUAUUGGGGAACCCAUGGAUAUUCUAGCAGAAAAAGAGGUCACACUGCUGAGUGUAGAUUAUGAGGGAGAACCACCGGGUAGCCUGGUAAACAUGCCCAUACUCUAUACUGGUGACCACAGUGGACAACAGAAAGCAGAUGAUAAAGUAAAUAUGCCAGGUAUAUCCCUCUCAAGAAUAGAUGGCGCUGCAGGAAGCCAGGUGGAGACAGCUGCAGAAGAACAUUGGGGAAAUGAAGAAAGUAACUGGGAUGAACAUAAAUCCUCCUCUGGAAACCAGCUGUGCUUUAGAGAUGACUUUCAGACUCCUCUUUCUUCAGCUGUUGAGGAUGAGGAAAUGAUGAACAGUUUGGGGUUAUCUGACAUUAUGAAUUUGAACCCUCUUCCAAAAGAUCAUUCUAUUCAGCAGGAUGGAUCCACUGACCUGAAACAACAAGAAUUUGACCCAAAUAAUUCCUAUGAAGAGCAGAGGAGGUCUCCUGUAUUACAGAACACAGUAAUUAGUGGGACAUACCCCAAUGGAAGUGUGGGCAUGUCGCUGGCUUCCACCACUAACAAAAUACAGCAGGCAAAAUCUGUUCCCAUUGUACCACCAAAACCACAGUUUGCCAAGCUGCCUCCUGCGCUGAAGAGCAAACUACAUGUUGCCUCCUCAUUAUCCACAAAGCCACAGAAACCAGAAAAGAGUCCAGCAGACUGCAGCAGGGUCUCUACACCAAAACGACGCUCCAGCUGGCGUAAUGCCACCAGUGUAUCCUUUGAUACAGCCAUGGCCCUUGCAAAAGAGCGGCAGCAGUCCCAAAACCCAGUUAGACGGAUGCAAACGUAUUGCAUUGGGGAUUCCUAUGAGAUCAUGGACAGUUCUAAGUCUGAUAACACUUCCCAUUUCCAGAAAAUUACCAUCACAUCCGCCAAUAGCAGGGCAAACAGACCUUAUAGCUAUAUGUCCCCUUCUGCUGCUGAGCUGGAACUUUGGGGGGAAAAUCGGGGGAGUGAAGAGCCGAAUGUUCUAACCAUCCACAGAUCUCAGCCGUUACUAAUACCAGACCCUGACGCAUAUACAAAAGUGGUUCCCCACAGAAACAGACUCAGUAUGCCACAGCUAGGGAGACAGGCGACUGGUGAUGACCUGACCAACCUCUGCCAACAACAGCGCCAGUCACUGCUCUGAGUUUCUUCAUCAUAUACUGGACAUCUCCUCAGUGUCUGGGAGCAGAUCCACCACCCACACAGGACAACGGCAUGCUCUGUACAGGGGCAGCUUACUUGUUGCUUCCAGAACUUCAGACUAUAAACUUUUACUUUGUUAUUAGCGGUUACUGUUUAUUUUACCGUUAAUGUUUGUUAGAGAAGCACCAUGUUGCUUGGCACGUACAGGUAGGUGAUUCCUUUCACUUCAUGUCUCUUUAGAUCACCUUAUGCCCCCGGAACAGCUUUCAUAGCUCAGUUUAUAUCUGACCUUACUUAGACCUAUCAUGGUAUUAUGUGUAGGUUGAUGCAACGGUCACAGUGUCUGGAAUGGUGAUGAGUGUGACUUCACUGGCUUUAUCCACGAUAUGUCCAACAUUGGGCCAAACAAACGAUCAUGGGGCAUAUUUCAGAUCUGAUCGCUGGGAAGCGAUUUUUGCAGCGCUGCGAUCAGAUAGUCGCUGCCCAUAGGGGGAGUGUAUUUUCGCUUUGCAAGUGUGUGAUCGCAUGUGUAGCAGAGCGGUACAAACAGAUCUUGUGCAGUCUCUGCGCAGCCCAGAACUUACUCAGCCGCUGCGAUCACUUCAGCCUGUCCGUGACCGGAAUUGACGUCAGACACCCGCCCUGCAAACGCUUGGACACGCCUGUGCUUUUCCAGACACUCCCUAAAAACGGUCAGUUGCCACCCACAAACGCCCUCUUCCUGUCAAUCUCCUUGCGAUCGCCCAUGCGAACGGAUCCGUCGCACAAACCCAUCGCUGAGCGGCGAUCCGCUUUGUACCCGUGCGACGCGCCUGCAUGCGCAGUUUGGACCUGAUCUCCUGCUGUGCAAAUAGGCAGCCUAGCGAUCAGGUCUGAAUUACCCCCAUGGAUAAUACAUCACAUACGCACCCUUCCCAGGCAUGUACUAAUUCCCCAGUACACACAUGUACUAAUUCCACAGGACACACAUGUACUAAUUCCACAGGACACACAUGUGCUAAUUCCACAGGACACACAUGUACUAAUUCCACAAGACACACAUGUGCUAAUUCCACAGGACACACAUGUACUAAUUCCACAGGACACACAUGUACUAAUUCCACAGGACACACAUGUACUAAUUCCACAGGACACACAUGUGCUAAUUCCCCAGUACACACAUGUACUAAUUCCCCAGGACACACAUGUACUAAUUCCACAGGACACACAUGUACUAAUUCCACAGGACACACAUGUACUAAUUCCACAGGACACACAUGUACUAAUUCCCCAGUACACACAUGUACUAAUUCCACAGGACACAGACAUGUGGUCCACCAUUUUCCAUAUACACCCAAACCCCAAAUAGAUAUUGAAAACAUUUGUUAUUAAAGUAAAUAAUGUAAAUGAUUUUACAGGUUGCACUAUUGGAGUGCUGGGAAUGUGAUGCUAUUGGGGAAUAGUACAUAGCUUUGUUGUCACAAAUACAUGUUGGGUACACUGUAAUGGCCACUCACCCCUAAUAAAGCUGUGUUUACAGGACUGUCA